AUGCAAGAAGAAAAUGAUGCAAACAAUAUCUCUCAGACACAAGAACCAACAAAAGUAUCUGAUUUUGAUGAAGACAGUGAUGUUGACUCAGAUGAACUAGAAACUCCACAAGGAAGUGAAAAAAAAUUUGUUAGAGAUGCUAUCAAGACAUAUGCAACGAAGAGGAAUGAUAGAAAAAGAAUAGUUAUCAAGUGCGAUAAUGAAUGCCCUUUUCACAUGAGAUUUAAUAAAAGGGUAGUCAACCAAUCCUGGCAGUUGGUGAGCCUGACUAAUGAUCAUACUUGUCAUAGGACUGCCAAGAAUAAGCAAUCUAAAAAUGACUGGCUAGCUAAGAAGUUUAUAUCGGUCCUUAGCAUUACACCUGAAAUGAGACCAAAAGGAUUGGUUGCAGAGUCACUUAAGAAGUGCGGUGUGAAGCUCUCAUCAACUCAAGCAUAUAGGGCUAAAAAAAUAGCAUUGGAGCUAAUUCAAGGUGUUGAGACUGAGCAGUAUUCUAACUUGAGAAAUCAUGCUGAGGAAUUGAGGAGAUCUAAUCUUAAUAGUACAAUGAUGAUUAAGUGUGAUGUGUCUGAUAUUGGACCUAUUUUCGAGAGAAUAUAUGUAUGUCUUAAGGCGUGCAAAGCUGCAUUUGCAUAUACUUGCAGACCUUUAAUUGGUAUGGACGCAUGUUUCUUGAAGGGUGAGUAUGGUGGUCAGUUAAUGGCAGCGGUUGGGAAAGAUAGAAAUAAUCAAAUUUAUCUGAUUGCUUAUGUUAUGGUUGAACCGGAGACAAGAGACUCGUGGAAAUGGUUUUUGAAUCUAUUACUACACGAUAUGAAUAAUUUGUUGGAAAUAUCAUAUGGUUUCAUUUCAUACCAACAGAAAGGUUUGGUUUUAGCUAUUGUUAAUCUUGGGCCAAAUGUAUAA